AUGUCUUCAGCCUUACUGAAGAAAAGUCUCGAAAUAGUAGAAGCGAGUAGUUCAAAAGGCAAUUCCUCGAAGAAAAAGGGGAAAAAUUUUGUUCCUGAAUCCCACAAGAUAAUGAAGGUUGUUAAAAAGAAAGGAAAAAUCUAUAAGCAAAAUCAAAUUGAGGGAAGUGGAAGGAAAUUAACAAUCAGAGAUGUACAAAGGCGCAUGGAAACGUCCAAGGAAAGGGUGGAGAGAACUGUGGAUAAGCUACUGAAACUUCAUUCAUCCGCAUUGGAGGAUGAGGAUGCGGAAGAGAUCGCCCGGAGAGCCAAAACCGGUCACUACGUCCUUCCUCCGCAGCAGGAAACUGUGGAACCAGAUUCCAUUUUCACGGAAGAAGACUUUAAGAAGUUUGAAGAGGACUAUUUCGAUGAUACGAUAUAA